AUGGAGGUGGAUGAAUCCUCCCCGGAAGAGAAGAUGCUUCAAUUGCCGGAUUCAUUUGUUACUUUUCUCAUUCAGAAUGGAUUGGACCCUGCAAUCUACAAGCAGAGCGAUUCAACUCCACGUUAUAUAAGGAUAAAGCCAGGCUUGGAACAUCAUGUUCCAGAAAUCGAAGCCGAGAUUAAUUGUACGCUUGAGAGGUUGUCCUGGCUUCCAAACUUUUAUUUUCUUCCUCCAGACAUUCGGAUUGCCAGCUCCAAGGCGUAUCAAGACGGAAAGAUAUAUGGAAUUGAUGCCGCAUCUGGAGCUGCUGUUUCUGCAUUGGGCAUCUCAUCAGGAGACCAUGUACUUGACCUUUGUGCUGCACCUGGUGCUAAACUUUGCUUCAUAUUGGACCUUCUUGGGAGUUCAGGUUCAGUUACUGGUGUCGACAUUGCCAAACAUCGGUUAGCAGCAUGUCGGACUAUGCUGCUAAAAUACAAACUUGGUGAACAUUGCCGUCUUUUUGUGGCUGAUGGAACAACAUUCUCUCUCCCCCCUGUUAGGGUUAAACAAGGUGAAUCCACCCUCGAAGGAAAUUCAGAGGUUUAUAAGGAGUGGAAUUCUCGGAGACCAUGGAAAGAGAGGAAAAGGGCAUUGAAAGCUAAAGAAACUGUUGGUCCUCAGUUAUUCUCAAGGACUGAAGAUCCAGAGCUUAUAUUCUACGGGAGUGAAACUGGGGUAAUUGGCCUGAGUAAAGAUGCUAUGUAUAGAAAGAUGACUGACGAUGGAAUUUUUGAAGGUGGCUAUGACAAGGUCCUUGUUGAUGCUGAAUGUACACACGAUGGUUCAAUUCGGCAUAUCCAAAAAUUUGAACAGUGGGGCUGGGAAACACUUCAGCGCCGUGUUCUGGAUGCAGAAAGGACAGACGAAAUAACUGUCCUUCAGCUUCAACUUUUAACCAAUGGUUUCAGACUGCUCAAAGCAAAUGGAUCCCUGGUCUACAGCACUUGUAGUUUAACUGUUGCUCAGAAUGAAGAUGUGGUAGAGAAAUUCCUUUCGCAAAACACUUCUGCAGAAUUGGUGGAGAUUGGUCCAGCAAAAGAUUGGCCGUGUAGGAGUGGGCGGAUACCUAAAACUUUGCGCUUUGAUCCAUCCACUUCUUGUACCAGUGGCCUUUUCGUCGCGAAGUUCACAAAAUUGGCCAUGUAG